ACUAGGUUCGCCGGAACCCCACGCUCCCGACUUCUGCUUCCGGGUCGGAGCCAUGGCGGUGGCAAAUUCAAGCCCUGUCAAUCCCGUGGUGUUUUUUGAUGUCAGCAUUGGCGGCCAGGAAGUUGGCCGCAUGAAGAUCGAGCUCUUUGCAGACGUUGUGCCUAAGACGGCCGAGAAUUUUAGGCAGUUCUGCACUGGAGAAUUCAGAAAAGAUGGGGUUCCAAUAGGAUACAAAGGGAGCACCUUCCACAGGGUCAUAAAAGAUUUCAUGAUUCAGGGUGGAGAUUUUGUUAAUGGAGAUGGUACUGGAGUCGCCAGUAUCUACCGGGGGCCAUUUGCAGAUGAAAAUUUUAAGCUUAGACACUCAGCUCCAGGCUUGCUUUCCAUGGCAAACAGUGGUCCCAGUACAAAUGGCUGCCAGUUUUUCAUCACCUGCUCUAAGUGUGAUUGGCUAGAUGGGAAGCACGUGGUGUUUGGAAAAAUCAUUGAUGGACUUCUGGUGAUGAGAAAGAUUGAGAAUGUUCCCACAGGCCCCAACAAUAAACCCAAGCUGCCUGUGGUGAUCUCACAGUGUGGAGAGAUGUAGUCCAGAGGAAGACUGAAUCAGGACAGCUAACUCCAAGGCCAUAAACAGAGGGUGUGGAGUUUCCUUUCUUUAUAACCCUGGGACCAAGACCUUCAAGGAAAAGGAUUGCUCUUUGUUCUAGAGCUCCACAGAGAGCAAUCAAGGUCUGGCAGAAAGCACACAGACUUCGGAGCCAAGUAGACCAGGAAGCCCCAUCACUGUCAGGCCAUUAAACCCCUUGGAACCCUAGUUUUUCCCUUUGCUUAAUUAUAAAUAAUAUAUACUGCACAGAGUUGUGAAGGGUAAAUAAUAAAGGAGACAGUGUAUUGGCCGUAAGUAUUAGUUUCUUUCUUGGUUCCGUGUAACACGCCUCUGAGCUCUGCUCUGGGGCACCAAAGGUCUGGCCUGUGGCAAGAAUCAAAGUGGUCUGCUCUUUGGGGAAAGGAGGGUUCGGGGUGUAGAGGAGAGCUGCGAGUGUCUUCUCUCAUGGACUGUCCCCUCCCCGUUCCUCUGAGCGGCUUCUCUCUUCCGUCUCUCACAGACCCUCCACAUCUGCCAUUGCAGGCCUUCCCUUGCUCGGGGUGAUGCUCUUGAGUAAGAUAAACUGGACUGGCCCCUGUGUUUGCUUCCCUGCCUGCUGCUGCCCCAUUUGAUCAAAAGACCUUGGAAGUAUCACAGACUCAGAAGCCAAGAUUUUGUGUUUAAGUUUUCAACUGUAAAUAAAGUUGUUCUUUUUUUUUUUU